AUGGGUAUUCCAUUAGAGCUUUCUUCUCUUAGCUGUGGACUGAGAAUCAUACAAGCCAAAAACAUAGAGUUCAUCAAGACCACGGGAAACCUGUUCGUUAGAUACUAUCUUUCUGCAGGGGACAGCAAAAAAAUUAGGCUGAACACUCGAGAAAUCUCCACCAAGUCUGACCACAUCUGGAACGAGUUCAUUUCCUUGGAGUGUAAUGGAAGCGACAGCUUUGUGCGAGAAACUGUGGUUUUUGAGCUCCGGUGGAGGAAUACCGUGCCUGUUUUUGGAAUAAUUGGGGGAUCACAACUACUGGGCAGGGCAGAGGUCCCAUGGAAAGAAGUGCUCGAGUCACCAAACAUGGAAUUGGACAAGUGGGUCACGAUGGUUCCAAGAAGUACUAGCGGCCGUGCUCUUGAAGGAGUCAAACCGCCUAAACUACAGGUAUCGAUCAAAGUUGGAGUCCAAGCAGAAGUGGGAAUGGAGAAAAGGAGGCAGAGAAGGACGAAGAAGUGGGAUGAGUGUGGUUGCGAAGAUGGUCAUGGUUAUGGUUGCACAUGUUCUGAUUACGAAAUUUUUGCACUAGCAGCUUUGCUAGAGGCUCUUUAG